AAGAUUCCCCGGAUGACCUUUAUUUCUUCGUCUACAGAGGACAUGAGCGUGAUACUGUAUUACCACCAUAUGAUGAGUGUUCACAGUGUUUUUACCCUGUUGUUUCCCUCUUCUUUCAUGCCCUCCCCACUAACAAGUAAUUUAUGAUAGAAGGAUAGGCAAAAAAGGCAAAAAAAUACUACAAUGUUGUCCCUUCGAUUUCAUUACUCAGUAUCAUCCAAACAAUAUAUGAAAAUUUGGUGCAAUUCCAUAAAGUCCUUCUGGUGCUAAACGUCUCCUCCUUUACCUGGAAAAGUUUUAGGUUCGUGACAGUGUAUUAAUUCGUUUUCCAGAAGAAGCUUUGACAAUGAGUUGUGAGUGUUGAAAAUAGUGGAAGUUAUUAGAAAAAAAGCACCUGUAUGCAUUGUUUGGUGCCGACCCGAGUGCUGUACAACGCCAGUCGUGCAGCUUGUGGAGGUGUUGGCACACCCACCACGCAGGUCAGGGAUGGUGUAUACAAGCUGCUGUGGAUCAUCCCGGACACUUUGUCAAACAGCAGCUCCCUCAAUACCAGGUGUUGCUCCUCACAUGCCCACACUCCCGGUACAUGUCUCGAAGCUGACCAUUGUAGCUCUCGGAGAACAGAAACUCCGCCUCAGAAUGUUGCAGUGAAAGAACCACAGUCUACUAAAAAGUUUGAUAAUGUAAGAUUACAGUUACAUGCAAUGAAUGCAGGAGUUAAUGAACCAUCCGAGAUGAAUUCUAAGCGAAGCAGAGAUCUGCUGUCUCCGCUGCGUCCGUUGCCACAGAAGAAGGUUAAAAGCAGCAUUCGGACCUCAGAAGGCACCUCCAGAUCUACACCUUUGGACUUUAUCCCUCUACCUCCCAGCCCACCACAAGAAGAAAAUGAUUUUAAUAACUUUUUUGUUAUUGAUACCAGACCCUCUAAGGUGUUGUUCGCAGAGAAAACACUUUGGCAGAAGAGCAGCAAAAAAGGUACAAUCAGUAAUACUGCUGUGAGUGAGUGUAGCAGUAAUCGAUUGGACCCAGUGAAGGAUGAAGGAAGAGGAGGUUCUUCCAUAAGUGAUACUCGAGAAAGUGACAAAGUGACGGUGCUGUGUGAUAGUGAUGUUAUAUAUGUUCCUUCCACUUCCAAAUCUGAAAGAAAUAAACCCUUUGAUAAAGAAGAUUGCAAAAAUCAUAAAAUUAAAGAAAGAACUAAAGUUUGCAUCAAUAUAAAGAAGAAGAAAUUCCUAGCACUCUCGGGGGAUGAUGAAAUUGAUAUUUUGUAUGAAGGACCAAAAAAGAACAAACAAGAUGAAGUGACGAUAUUGUGCACUGUGGGAGCAUCUGAGAAGAAGCAAGAUCCUGUACUGUCACCUGGAAGGUCACUUGUGCCUGACACUCAGUUCAGGAAGUGUCACACAGGACUGGGACUCAAGACCAAACCUAGAGAAGUGCACCUACGGGAAGAGAUAUCACUCCCAUCCGAAAGUUUGAAGGGAAAUAAGGGAUCUGACCUCAACAAAAAUAAUGAAGACACUCCAAAAUUUCAGAAGGUGAAGUUGAUAGACCCAGAUGUUGUAGAGAUUGAGGAUUCUCCAGUUGCAUCCAGCAGCAGACCUUUGGAGAUGGAAGUAAUUGAUAUAAUUGAGUCUGGCAAAGAAGACUGCAUGAAGAGUGAAUCAUCAGAUGAUGAAAAAGGAGUUUUAGAUAUCAGCAAUUCUGAAUUCGUAUCUCUACAAAAGUUACAAGUCAAAGACUUGCCUAACACAGAAAUAGAUAUUAGCGAUGAAGUACUUGACCUUCGGAAGGAAUUAGAAAGGCUAAGAAAGUGGGAUUUGACUGGUCUGGGACGUGAGGUUAUGGAUGGGAGAAAUGUGAAUGUCGGUGAUACCAUGUUUACUGCAAUGUCAUACAAUGUGUUGGGUCAAACUCUGUUAGCAAGCAACAUGUAUCUGUAUUCAUCUUGUAAGGAGGAACAUCUCUCAUGGCCAUACAGAUGGGCACUGCUGCAGCAUGAGAUAGGUGACCUGGAGCCAGAUGUGCUCAUGUUGCAAGAGGUUCAAGCUUCUCAUUACCACAGUCACUAUUUGCCAUGGCUCACCUUCCAGGGUUAUGAUGGAUUGUAUAAGAAACGAACAGGGCUCAAGGAUGAUGGCUGUGCCAUAUUUUUCAAAAAGAGCAAAUUCGCUCUUAUAGAACACAGUAGUGUUGAGUAUCUUCAACCAGAAGCCAAAGAAGUCCUGGAUCGUGACAAUAUUGGCCUCUUAGCAAAACUCUCGCCAGUAUCACAACCAAAUUCACCUGCACUGUGCGUGGCAACGACUCACCUGUUGUUCAAUCCAAGGAGACAUGAUGUAAAGUUGGCUCAAGUGGUGUUGCUUCUAGCAGAAAUAGACAGACUCAGUUACACAGGAGAGCAGGGGGGUAGAUCUCAGUACUGUCCUGUAAUACUAACAGGAGAUUUUAAUGCUGAGCCCCACUCUGCUUUAAUACACUUUUUGAAGGAAGGCCGACUUCACUAUGAGGGUCUUGGUAGUAAGACUCUUGCCCGGCAUGGAACUAUUGGCCCCUUGCUAGGGCCAGAACUCUUCCCUCGCUCCCUAGGUCUCACAGAUCGCUGUCAACAUGCAGUGUUGGCUCAAAGUCGCUAUUUAGAGCAAGCACGUGGUCCCAUCUUUUCACUGUCAGACAAACGAAAGCUUGAGGAAUCAUUAAUACAUUUGUAUCAUUCAGACCGUGAGUUGCCAGCUCAUAGAUCUGCUAAUUCCACCAACCAAGGUCCUACGCCAUCUGGAUGGUUCUCUCAUGGCUUCAACUUUAACUCUGUUUACCGUCACCGAUUGAGCCGCCUGGGGAUGGCUCCUGAAGCCACAACUCGCCAAGAUGGUUGGACCACAGUUGACUAUAUGCUAUACUCCCGUAAUUACUCUAAUAAAUUUAGCAGACCAGUUGACGGAAAGCUGAAAUUGUUGGCUCGAUAUGGGCUGUUGUCUGGCCCAGAAGCCGAUAGAUUUUCUCCCCUUCCUUCCGCAGUUUCUCCUUCUGAUCACUUUCCUCUUGCUGCACAGUUCUUGCUGAGAAAAUGAUUUUUAUUAAUGCAUUUGGGUAAUGAUAGAGGGACUCAAGACAUGACAAAGUUCAUUUUCAGUAGGAAUCGUUCAAAUUUUGUAAGCAAACUUAUUUAUUUAAUGUUUGAAAGGAUUUACAGGUAUAUACUGUAUUGUGCAGUACUGUAGUUUAAUAUUCAUCAUUCAUUUUUGUACAAAAGCAUUUGUAAAUACAACUUCAGAUAAUAGUGUACAUGAUGGACCUUUUUAUACUGUAGGAAAAGAUGCGAGUACACGAUGUUCAAUACUUGAAGCAAGUUUUAGUCGUGUCAUGUUAUCCUAUUUAUUUAUGAUUAGAUAGUGAAGCAUUAGUACAUACUUUCGUCAGCAUUUUCCUUUGGCAGAAUUGGACCAUUAUGCAAUUCAAAUUUUUUUUUUAGUAAGUGUUCACUUGUGUACAUUCAGUAAUAUGGUAUCCAACUUAUUAUUCUGUAAUACGGAUGUUGACUGUUAUAUGAUUGAUAAACGAUCGAUUGGAUUUACAGUGUUAAGAAAUUAACACCAAAUACCCUGUACUGCUAUGUGAUGGUCACUACCUGAAUGCUUUUCCUGUAUUGCCACUGCAAUAGCUCCAUAUUCUGACAUAUGAUGACGCAAUCUCAGAAUGGCGUAACGUGUGUGACCCACGCGGGAUACAUGUGAGGCUCUGCCGGUCCUUGACUGCCAGGCUGAGCAGUCACAUCACCCAUGUGGAAGAAGCUAUUCUUUGUACAGUACAUAAAAUAAUAUAUACCUUAUACUGAACCAGUAAAAAUGAUGAAUAAUAAAAAUAAUACUAAUAAAUAAAAUAAAAGAGAAAACUAUUGCAUUACCAUUUGGCAAUAGUUUCCCUACACACGGGACACGAGACAGAGAGCAGCUGAGAAACCCCACUCCACUCCCCCUCCCCACUCUAUAACUCCUGCAAUCAUAAGAAAUGUUUAUUCCCUUUGUUUUUUACAUGAUAAUUAAAUUAUUUUUUUUUUUUUUUCCUAUUUUGUAUGAAUGAUUGCAUAUGCAUGUAACUGUAAAAGAAAAUUUGAAGAAUAUUGCGUAUGUCUACCCGAAAUUACGAGUUGAAAAAUAGCUAUAACAUACCUCCCUCUCAGCUUGCUAACUUUGGCUGGCACACAAUGAAAUUUUUAUUUCCUUUGUUUUUGACCUUAUGUUAAUUAUUUCUUUUACUUUUUUAUCACUAUGCAUGUAACAGUAAAAACAAAUUAAGAAAGUUACAUGUGUCUAGUGUCUACCCGGUUUGUGACAACUCCCGUGCUCAUAAGACAUGUUUAUUCUCUCUGUGUUUUUAACCUCAUAAUCAUUAUUAUUUUUUGUACAUUCUGUAUGAAAGAUUGUGUAUGCAUGUAACAGUAAAAAAGUCUAUAAAAUUACAUCUGUCUACCCGAAAUAAUGAGUUGAAAAAUGACUGCUCUGAGUGAAAACUAUUCAGGGUCUCGGGAACGGAACCUAGUUUCCCCCUAGGUUAUUAAGAUCGAUGUACCCCUGUACAAUUGAUCACUGUACGAGGGCUUUUAGACAUCCAUAACUCCAUCAUAUAACGGUCAACACCUGUACAGUAAAUGUUUCAGUUCAUGUGUUGUGUUAAAUUGUGGUUAAGUUUGUCUUCCACAUGAUUGAGUUUGACUUGUAUGAACAGUAUGACCACAGCUGUUGUGGGUUUCAGUCUUCACGGCACUGUACAGUAGGAUGGUAGAGAACUAAUUAUCUAUAAGCCUGAUUGAUGAACUUUUCAUUGGUACUUGGAGUUUUAACUGGAAGUAGUGAACAGAUUUAAUGAUUUUUUCAGUUUUAUUUUUUUAUUUAUUUUUGUUCUAGUGCUGGAGAAGAAAAAUUCGGUUACAAUUCUUGAAAAAGGCAAUAUUUUGUUGUAUAAUUUUGAUGGUUGAAGGCUAUUGGACCCCUAAGUUUGUUUAUAAGGAGAUUGUUUAAUAUAUUGGCAUGGAGGUGAUCACAAGGAACUACAUUGCCAUGGGUCUUUUUUUUUUAAUAUAGUAUUGCUAUAUUUUUAUAAUGAAAUGAAUUAAUGUCAAUCAUGUUUAAACUCUGGCAGAAUUUACCGUGGGUGUUGUCACUUCAAAAGAACAGCUUUUAAACAUUUGAGAUUGAAAGUUGUUGUAGUACAUAUUGAGCAUCAACAUGAGGCCACCAGAAGUGUGCACAGUAGUCAGCGGUCUCACAAGUGUGACUCGUUAGCUUGGCAGGAGGAUCACUUAUGCUCAUAAAUUCUUCUUUAUUUAAUAUCAAAAUUUAAAUAAUGUUAAUUACUUUUAUGUUAAGUGAUGUAAUUUAUCCCACCCCCUCCUCUUCCCCUCACAGUGGAGAUUAUUUUGUACACAAAAAACAGGACUUUCUUGGGUUCACAUGUUCAGUCUUACAAUGUUCACAUGUACAAUCUUAGGAUUAGAGUGUGUACAUAGGCACUUCAUUUCAAUUUUCUUUUUAGUUCUUUCUCGAGAGUAUUUUAUAUUGUUUUUCACUUGAAUAAUGUACAGUAUACUUUCCCUAAGGAUCACUUAAUUCUCUUUGUACACUAGUGGUAUGGAAGUUUGUGAUAUUUUGGAAACGUAAAAUCUAACUAAUCAUCGUUUGAAUAACCAAUUCACAUCCAGUUCACAUCCAUAUAUAUAUAUAUAUAUAUAUAUAUAUAUAUAUAUAUAUAUAUAUAUAUAUAUAUAUAUAUAUAUAUAUAUAUAUAUAUAUAUAUAUAUAUAUAUAUAUAUAUAUUUUUUUUUUUUUUUUAUAUGAAUAGUACACAAGGGGUGCAGUUGCUGAGUGGAUACAGCACUCGGCUUCUGUCUUAAGGGUCGCUGGUUUGUGCCCAGGGCACCCCCAGUUCACCCAGCUGCGAAUGGGUACCUAACUUUGUUGGGGAAGUGAAGUUGGUAGAGUGCAGUGCUGGCCACACACUCCUUAUGUACUGAAAGGCUUAGUAUACAAUGAGCUGUGUCCACUUUGCCUCAAAUGGGCUGCUUGGACUUGGGAAACCACUUCACUUUAAAAUUACAGUACACAAGUAGAAACUAUACCCAUAUCCUAAAAGGUGCACUCAACUCAUUUAAAUGAUGAGCAACUUUUCAAAUCUUUAUUUUCUAUUACAAGUAUCCCUCACGUUACGGAAACUCGGCCAUACAGAAUUUAUAAAUUGUGACCACUAAAUUUCGGAUACAGCCCGUAAAUUUGAGCAUAGGGAAUUUGGGUAAAUUUUCAAAAUUUUCAACACAAAAAUUUCCAUAUAGAAUGAAAAAAUUCACUGGCAUAAUUUAUUUGGUGUGUAUUUCUUGGUAUUCACUACCACCAAGUGUGGGUACACAGCACACCCAUGCCACUGGACUGGGUUUGUUUAUGUCUCCCAGCAUGCAUGUUUGAUCUUUCAACCUCAGCUCUUAAAUGUAAUACUUGUAUUUAUUUUAUUCAAGGCUGUCCAGUGUAUUAGCCUUAUUCAAGAUGAAUUGAAAGAGGCCAUCAAGUGCAAGUGAGAGCAGUGGUGCUAAAAGAUCCUGUAAAGGAAUUAGCUACGUUGGAUAUAAAACUUGGUGUAUUAUGGAGGUUUGGUGCGGGAAAAAAUCUUAGCCAGAUUGCAAACCCAUUAGUGUUUACUACGUCUCCCAAUAAUUACCAUUUCACCACCUCACUUCACGCAGCACUCAACAUCCUUUGUGGUGAGUUAAAUUCAAGUGUUUUGUGUAUUUAUCAUCAUAUUAUAUCAUGAAAUAAUCAAUGUGUGUGUUUAAAAAUGUUUUGCCGAAAAAGUUUCUUUGGGAACGCAUCUCCAAUUAUUAUAUAAUGGAAGUCAAUGGGGAAAUGGAGUUGAUGUUAUGGUCAACUUUUCAAGGACGCAUCCCUUCCGUAACCUGGGGGAUUACUAUAUAUGUAUAUAUAUGUAUGUAUAUAUAUAUAUAUAUAUAUAUAUAUAUAUAUAUAUAUAUAUAUAUAUAUAUAUAUAUAUAUAUAUAUAUAUAUAUAUAUAUAUAUAUAUAUAUAUAUAUAUAUAUAUAUAUAUAUAUAUAUAUAUAUAUAUAUAUAUAUAUAUAUAUAUAUAUAUAUAUAUAUAUAUAUAUAUAUAUUAGGGUAUACUUUUACUAGCUACAGUAUGGGUAAGUAGUCACACAUUCGUCCACCCUGUACAUGCACACGCCCAUUUACCACCCUCCUACCUCUCCAUCCAUUUGCCUGUGCACAUAUUGUAUAAGUACAACCUCCAACUUUACUUAAGUCGGUGUUGUUUUUUAUCGUUCCUUAUUUGUACAUGCCCUCUUGCAAUCUUUCCUAAAAAAAAAAGAAUAGCUAAUAACUCAUGAUCAGAUAAACUUUGAUGUACUGUACCUGAGUUUACCUGGAGCUGUUUAGGUUUAGUGAGAAAUGAGCCUAAGGCAGUGGCAGCAGUGUGUUGUUGAUCUUCCCACUGUUGUACUGUACUAUACUGUACUAAGGUAUUUCUACCAAAAGCUGUAUGAUGUAGAUAUCACUGUGUAUUAAAUUCCUAUCAGGAAAACUUUAUAUGUUUUGUUCUGUGAGCUCGAGAGAAUUUUAUUUUUCUGUUUUAACUGUACAGAACAUAAAUUAUGUGUUGUGAUAUGUUGUAGGACAGGUAUGUGGCAACAUGUCUUGUGUUUCACAUAUGUUAUGUUUCAUCUGCAAAAAAUGUGUACAAAAUUGUGUGAUUUCAGAUAAGUGAACCUAUAUUUUGGGACAUUUAUUAUUGUAUACACUUAAUACACUCUUAGAAAUUUGCUGGUCCUUUGUAUUACAAAAUUGUAUUUUGAUACUGUAGUUAAUAUGAUUAAUAUUUUUUCCUGUUUAUAAGUCAUUCACUUCUAAGGUAGUUUAUAUUAGGUACCAGUAACAUGUAUACUGUAUUGUGGAUGUUAAAUUAAAUUGUCCCAAUAUCA